UAAAUUAAGAUGCUUCGAGCCUUAAAGAAGUGUGCAACCAAGCCUUCUCCUAGGCGUUCAAUUGUCAACUGUCAACUAACAUGACAUUCUUAACGUUAAAUACAGUUGCUUACCCGCCAAUUUCAUGGUUUUCACAGCCACCUGAGCAGAACCCAAGUUUUCAGUACUCAAAUAUAACCUUUCCCAUCCCAAAAUUCAAGUCAAUUCGUAAUUCCCUUUCUUCUGAUCAAUUAGUCAACAAUGUAUCAAUGGAUUCCACCACUUAUUAUGCGUCGGUUCUUGACUCUUGUGCAUCCUCAAUUCUGGGCAAAUCCCUUCACGCGCAUGCCCUCAAAUCCGGGUUUUAUGGGCAUGAAUUUGUUGAGACUAAAAUACUACAAGUGUAUGCUAGGUGCAAGUGUUUAUAUGAUGCACGUUUGAUGUUUGAUAAAAUGCGCAAGAGAAAUUUACAUUCUUGGUUAGCAAUAAUUAGUGUUUAUGUAGAAUAUGACUUGUUUGAUGAUGCUUUUUCAGUUUUAUUAGACUUGUUGUAUGAUGAUGUGAGGUUGGAUUUCUUUGUUUUCCCUGUUGUUUUAAAGAUUUGUGUUGGGUUUCAGGAUGUUGGGUUUGGGAGGCAGAUUCAUGGGUUUGUGAUAAAGGGGAUGUUUAUUUUAAAUGUUUAUGUGGGGAAUUGUUUGAUUGAUAUGUAUGGGAAAUGUGGACAUUUGGGUGAUGCCAAAAAGGUUUUUUGUUCAAUGGUCGAGAGAGAUUCUGUUUCGUGGAAUUCUCUUCUUUCAGCUUGUGCUUUGAAUGGCAUGGUUAAUGAGGCAUUCGAGAACUUGGAUAAGAUGUCGAGAUCAGAAGAUUCUAUUCCGAAUGUGAUUUCUUGGAGUGCCGUUAUUAAUGGUUUUGCACAAAAUGGGUAUGCAAAUGAAGCUAUUGAGUUGCUUAUGAGAAUGCAAGCAGUAGGGGUGGAACCAAAUGCACAAACAAUUACCGGUCUUUUACCUGCUUUCGCUAAGCUGCAGACACGAAAGCUUGCUAAGGGAAUUCAUGCUUAUAUCACAAGACACGGGUUUAUGAUCAACCCCAUUGUAGUGAAUGGACUAAUCGAUGUGUACCGGAGGUGUAAUGAUACGGAAAGUGCUUGGAGAUUGUUUUUGAGGUUUGCUGUGAAGAAUUUAGUAUCCUUCAAUACCAUAAUUGUUGGAUUUUGUGAAAAUGGUGAUAUUUCAAAAGCGAAAGAUCUUCUUAAUCAAUCAGAAAUUCAUGGGGUUAAGAGGGAUAUUACAACAUGGAAUGCAAUGCUUUCUGGGUACGUAGACAAACUCCUUUUUGAAGAAGCAUUAAACUUAUUCAAGGAGAUGCAAAUGGUAGAAGGGAUUGAAGUGGACUCAUAUACCCUAGGAAGUGCUCUUUCUGCUUGUUCGAGCCGGGAUUCUCUGAGACAAGGAAAGGAGGUACAUUGCCAAGCCAUAAUCAAGGGUCUGAGCUCUAAUCCUUUCGUGGCAGAAGCCUUAAUGGAAAUGUACUUUAAAACCCACGAUCUGAACGCUGCUCAAAAAGCGUUUGAAGAAGUUAUUGAUAGAGAUAUUAACACAUGGAAUACGCUGAUCUCAGGCUAUGCUUGGUGCAAUCAGAUGGAUGUCCUUCCGAUUUUCCUAGAAAGAAUGAGAAGGGAUGAUUGUGAGCCGAAUAUAUAUACAUGGAACGGAAUUAUUUCUGGUCACAUAGAAAACGGGCACUAUGAAGUUGCUUUACAGUUGCUUUUGGAGAUGCAGAGUACCAAAUUGAAGCCUGAUGCCUAUACACUGGGAUUAAUAUUGCCUGCCUGUUCUAGAUUAGCUACAAUUGAACGAGGCAAGCAGGUUCACGGGUAUUCAGUUCGAUGUGGAUAUGAUUCGGAUGUCUAUAUUGGAGCAGCCCUUGUAGACAUGUAUUCGAAAUGUGGGAGCAUAAACGGCGCAAUAAGGACUAAUAGAAGAAUAUCAAAGCCUAAUCUAAUUUCCCAAAACGCUAUGCUUACCGCCUAUGCUAUGCAUGGCCUUGGUGAGGAAGGUAUAUCUCUUUUCUAUACAAUCCUUUCCAAUGGUUUUGCACCGGAUGAAGUCACCUUUUUAUCAGUUCUCUCUGCUUGUGUUCAUGCCGGAAAAGUAGAGAUUGGUCAUAAGAUCUUCAACUCGAUGGAUUAUUAUAAUGUAAAACCUUCGCUAAAACAUUACACAUGUAUGAUCGACCUGCUAAGUAGAUCCGGUAAAACAACAGAAGCUUUUGAGCUGAUAAGAAAAAUGCCGAUGGAACCAGAUUCUGUGACCUGGGGUGCUUUGCUUGGCGGUUGUGCUGUUUCAGGUGACGUAAAGCUUGGAGAAAUGGCAGCCAAAAAGCUUCUAGAAUUGGAACCAAAUAAUACUGCUAAUUUUGUACUAUUGGCGAAUAUGUAUGCCCUUGCAGGACGAUGGAAUGACUUAUCAAGAAUAAGAAAGAUCAUUACAGAGAGAAGGAUGCGAAAGAGCGCUGGAUGUAGUUGGGUUGAGGAUGGGAAUGAUGUUCAUGUGUUUACUGUGAGUGAUACGUCUCAUAGGAGAACGGAGGAGAUAUAUACGAUGUUGAUGAAUUUAACCACGCAGAUGAAAACAUGGAUGUAUAUUGCAGUAUUAUGAUUGUAUUUAUACAUAACUACAUACUGUAUAUUUGUAGGUAAGGCGCACACAACCCGUGCUGCAUCACUUGAAUUCUUUGUUUUACCUCGAGUAUUAAUCCGUGUUGAAUCCAUGACACUCGGACAUGGUAAGAUACUUGAACACUUCAUUUUGGACAGAAAGUAUUGAAUUUUUCAUAAAUUAGUGGAGUUUUACACUUGAACACUUCAAUGACCUUCCAUAGUUUUGGGUCAGAUGUACAAUU